CCUGGCCGGGAGCGGAGGGGCUCGGCACGGGCGUGUGUGGCAGGUACUCGACCAGAUGUACGGGAGCAAGCAGACGUUGUGUCUUAGUUCUUCAUAACGCGCAUCUCAAUGGGUGCAAAUAGCUACGGGCAACUUGGCCUUGGCCAUAAGGAAGAUGUAUUUUUGCCCCAAAAACUGAAUGACUUCUGUAAACCUGGGUGUGUCAGGAGGAUCACAGGAGGAGGAGGCCACUCUGCUGUUGUCACAGAUGGAGGAAGCCUUUUUGUUUGUGGCCUGAACAAAGAUGGGCAGUUGGGGCUUGGUCACACGGAGGAUGUUCUGCAUUUUACACCCUGCAAAUCCCUCCUUGGCUCUCCCAUCCAACAGGUGGCCUGUGGCUGGGACUUUACCAUCAUUCUCACAGAAAAUGGUCAAGUUCUAUCAUGUGGAUCCAACUCCUUUGGCCAAUUAGGAGUUCCUCAGAGGCCUCAAAGAUGUGCAGUUCCCCAGACCAUUGAGCUCCUGAGAGAGAAGGUUGUUAGUGUUGCUGCUGGACUGAGGCAUGCGUUAGCUGCUACAGCAAGUGGCAUUGUGUUCCAGUGGGGAGCUGGUUUGGCAUCAUCUGGACGGCGGUUGUGCCCUGGGCAGACUCUCCCACUGUUUUUGACAGCAAAGGAACCUAGCAGGGUGACAGGCCUAGAGAAUUCUAAAGCAGUAUGUGUUGUUGCUGGCUCAGAUCACUCGGCUUCAUUGACAGAUGCAGGAGAGCUGUAUGUUUGGGGAAGCAACAAGCACGGGCAACUGGCUUCCCAGGCUGCUUUCCUUCCUAUGCCCCAGAAAAUAGAAGCACAUUGUUUUCAGAAAGAAAAGGUUACUGCUGUCUGGAGUGGGUGGACACACCUGGUUGCUCAGACAGAAACUGGCAAGGUGUUUACCUGGGGCCGAGCGGACUACGGUCAACUAGGGAGGAAGUCGGAGUCUCAGGAAGGCUGGGAACCAGAAAAGCAGGGUUCGCCCCUCCCCUGCUCGAGGCCACGGGAGAGCACACCUUCAUCUCUGCACUGCUUAAUGGGAGCAACCGAGGUCUCAUGUGGCUCAGAACAUAAUCUGGCAGUGGUUGGUGGGGUGUGCUACUCUUGGGGCUGGAACGAGCACGGCAUGUGUGGGGACAACAGCGAAGCCGACGUCUGGGCCCCGAAGCCUGUGCAGGCUCUGCGGUCGUCGUCAGGACUCCUUGUGGGCUGUGGGGCUGGCCACUCCCUGGCCCUCUGCCAGCUGCCAGCCCUCCCUUCCCCAGAUGCCAGCGAGGAUGCCAAGUCUCAGGAAGCCAUAGACCAAGAGGGAAACUGGAAGGAAACACAACCAGGACCAUCUACCCAAAGCCAACCUGACAGGUGCAGAAGUGGGGGGCUUAUGACAGAGACCCUUUAAUAAAGUGGCUCUCCCCACACAAAA